AUGGGUUUAUUCAAAGAAGCUCUUUUUGCUUUUCGUGGUCGUCGAUUUGUUGAAUGGUUUUUUAUGAAUCGUCCUCAACUCCCUCUCAUUUGCGGUAUUACAUUCUAUACAUUUUUGUAUCUUCAUUAUAAAUAUGAUUUGAUUGCUCGAUGGAAAGGUCAACCAACUUUUAAUGAUUACUCCUAUGUUAAACAAGCUGCUGAACGUGAACGUACUCGUCUUGCUGCACUUUCUUCAUCUCCAACGUCUACUAUUCCUUCAUCUCAAUCAUCACCUUCUUCAACCGGCGUUAAUUAA